AUGCCAGAAGCAAAACUGGAUCUCAACCGAGAACAUUUUCGCGCCAUAAUUUAUUACAACUUUCAGAGACAAUUAUCUUUUAGCGACGAUCCCAGGGUGGGUGCACCAAAAACAGCAGUCAUCCAGGAAAACGUCGAUGCUCAGAAAGCAGCCAGGGUUAAUUGGUGUCAAAAAACGCUUGACCUUUUCAAUUUCGGAAACUCAAAAGAUGUGUACAGCAUUGUUAGUGGUGAUGAAUCGUGGAUUUACUGUUAUGAACCAGAAAAUAAACGACAAAGAUGGUCGCGACAUUUUUGUCAAAAGCGGUAUACCACCAUUUGUUUGCCAAAAGUCAUCACCGAGCUUCGAAAAAUCAACCCCGAAAGAAGCAUCAUCCUCCACCAAGACAAUGCAAGCUCGCACACAGCCCAAAAAACAAGCCAUUAUUUAACGGAAGAAAACGUGGAAUUAUUGGACCACCCUCCAUAUAGUCCCGAUCUAAGUUCUAACGAUUUCUUUACUUUUCCGAAAAUUAAAAACAGACUGCGUGGUCAAAGGUUCCAGUCACCAGAAGAAGCAGUUGACGCAUUCAAGGAUACCGUUUUGGAUCUGCCAGCAAACGACUGGAAUGAGUGCUUCGAAAAUUGGUUCGAGCGCAUGCAGAUGUGUAUUAAUCUUCGUGGAGAAUACUUCAAAAAACAAUAA